AUGAGCCAACAGGUAUGAUUAGUUGCAUGAGAGCCAUGAAUGCAUCGAUCGCUUAGUUCUCCACACCAAAUUUCAAGUGUUCGGGCAAUCACCGAAAGUGACGAGACCCUUGAGCUCCUUUCUCAGUUAGUGCGGAACAUUACACUUUAUCUUCUUUGAUCUCUUCUCUUCUUUACACAUCAAAGUUAUACUGCUGUGUAUCACCGGCUUUCUAUUUGCUUUCCUCUUUCAAUUCUUCUGAACUGAAGUGCGAGAAAGAAUAUGAUCAGCAAUGGGAGUGCUGAUGGCGAUAAUGAUUUUCUGGAGAAGCGGAGGCCGAAGGAUGAGAAUGAGAAGCAGUCCAGCCUUGUUCAGAUCGUGUUCUCGUGGUCUCUUAGCGAUAUUUUUAAUUGCGAUCUCUUUAAGGGCAAGGUACAGAAGAUACCUGAAACUUUUACAUCCUUGGAGCAUUAUUUUGGUUCCUUCAGCACACCAUUAAUAGAAGAAACUCAUGAAGAUCUACGCUCGAGUUUGGAGACAUUUUCUGAUGCAACAGCACAUGUUGAAUUACAAUAUAUACAGAUGCAAAAAUCAAAGAAGUUAUUUUACCGAAUUAAAAUAAAAAAUGCAAAUGUUGAAAAUGGUUUUUAUCAGCCUAUGAAUGGAGACAUUUUUGUGCUCACAAGAACAAAACCAAGAGAUUUAUCUGAUUUAACACGCAAUGCAACUUCAUACAUCACAGGCUAUGUUGAUGAUAGUUUGGACUUCCAUGAAUAUAUUGUUGAGCUAUCACGCAAGCUGGAGAUUAGAUCAAACAGAGAAUCAUUUUUCAUUGCUUUCCUUUUGAAUAUGACGACUUCGAUUAGGAUCUGGGACUCAUUGAAUCUGAAGGUGGCAAAGGAAAGAAAUCUGAGCAUCAUCAACGAAAUAGUAUCAUAUAUUUCCUCGGUUAGAAAGGAAAGUUCCUCUCCACCCAGUUCACCUAAAUUGUUUCUUAAUGCAUGCGUGAGCGACAAUCUAGAGAGAUUCAAUCUAAAUGAUUCACAGAAAUAUGCUGUGCAAGAUUGUCUGUCAAUGAGGCAGAAGAAUCAUAAAGAAGAUCAUAUAAAGCUCAUAUGGGGUCCUCCAGGAACAGGGAAAACUAAAACUACAAGUACUUUAAUACUUGCUCUUCUACAACUAGGAUGUAGAACUCUUAUAUGUGCACCUACAAACACCGCUGUUGUUGAAGUUGCUUCUCGCUUCUAUAAGCUGUUUAAAUAUGAAAAAUUCAUAGGAAAAACUAACUUCUCCAUCGGAGACAUUAUCUUGUUUGGGAAUAGCAACAGGAUGAAAAUUGAUGAUGAUCUCUCAGAAAUUUUUCUAGAACACAGAGCAAAGAUUCUUCUUGAAAAGUGUUUCAACCCUGUAACAGGUUGGAGGCAUCUUGUACGAACAAUGAUAGAUUUUCUUGAGAAUGCUGCAUCCCAAUAUAAACAAUAUGUAGAGAAUGAAAUGAGAAAAAAGAAUGAAAAGAAAAAUGAAAAUAUAAAAGAAAUUCUAACAGUUAAAACAUUCAAUGAAUAUGUCUUAAUGCAGUAUCAUUGUCGUGCUAAGCAAUUGGAAGAGUGUAUUAAAGUUCUAUGCAAUGAACUUCCCAGGACAUUCAUACCUUAUACAAUUUUCAAAGACAUGAAUAUAGCUAUAGACUUGAUGAAAGUAUUUAAGAAUGUUUUGAUAUCAGCAAGUGCUUCUCAUGUAGAUCUUAAAAACCUGUUUAAAUCUGAAGUUGAGAAAGGCAAGGAGAAGCUACCUUGUGUUGAUCCAAUCAUAUACUUGGCUGGAUACCUUUCCAUUAGAGUUAGAUUGAGAAAAGCCAAAACUUUCUUAUGGCAGCUACUCAGGCACCUUUCUAGAGAGUUUAAUCUACCUAAGGCCUACUAUCAGGUCAUUGUGGAAAAAAUUUGCCUCAAGGAAGCAACACUUAUUUUCUGCACAGCCUGUAGUUCUUUUAGGCUACAGAACAUCCUAAUGAGAAAUCCACUAAAGUUUUUGAUUGUUGAUGAGGCUGCACAGCUCAAGGAAUGUGAAUCCCUGAUCCCCUUACAGAUUUCAGGCAUAGAGAAUGUAGUUUUAAUUGGCGAUGAGAUUCAGUUACCAGCCAUGGUCAAAAGCAAGAUUUCGGAGAUGGCUGGUUAUGGGAGAAGCCUGUUUGAAAGAUUAAGCUCAUUAGGGCAAGAAAAAAAUCUGCUUAACAUCCAAUAUAGGAUGCACCCAUCCAUCAGUUCAUUUCCAAACUCCAACUUUUAUGAAAACAAGAUUUCAGAUGGAGAAAAUGUUCUAGUUCCAAACUAUCAAAAACAAUAUCUAUCAGGGCUACUUUAUGGUCCAUAUUCAUUUAUAAACAUUGGAUGUGGCAAGGAGGUAACAGAUAAAGAUGGAAGAAGCAAAAAAAAUCUUAUAGAAGUUGAAGUUGUUGCGAAAAUAGUAGAAAAACUUUUCAAAGUAUCAAAGCGCACAAAUCAGAAACUUAGUGUUGGUGUAUUGUCACCAUACACUGCACAGGUGUUCGCCAUCAAUGAAAAAAUAGGAAAAAAGUAUGUUUUAUCAAAUUACUUCUCGGUGAAAGUUAGAUCCAUAGAUGGUUUUCAAGGUAGUGAAGAGGAUGUUAUUAUUUUCUCAACUGUAAGAUCUAAUAAAAGUGGAUCACUAGGCUUUCUUGCUAAUUUUCAAAGGACAAAUGUGGCUCUCACAAGAGCUAAGCACUGUUUGUGGAUUUUAGGAAACGAGGCAACCUUAAGCAGUGAUGAAAGCAUCUGGUUAAAAAUAAUCAAUGAUGCAAAGAAAAGAAGAUGCUUCCAUAGUGCAAAUGAUGAUAAAGAUCUCUCAAAAGCUAUAUUUGAGGCAUGUAUCAAGUUUGAUGAGCUAGACAACUUGUUGAAUAUGGAUUCUCUACAAAUAAGCAAGACUAAGAGAUUUGAUCGCCCAUCUCGUUCAUAUCCACAACAAUGGGUUGCUAGAGAGAGGAAGAAGGUUAACUUAUAAGUGGCGUAAAUUAGCAGAUAUUCGACAGUUCAAAUCCAGGAGUAGGGUUUUUGCUUCAGGAGGAAGGAGGACAAGAGCUUUUCCUGUCUAUUUAUUAUGCUCUUCUGGUCCAAAAAAAACUUCACUAAUCAUGAAAAUGAUUUUUUGUGCUUAUUUAAAGCCAAAUGAGCUCACAAACAUAUUAUCAAGGAAGAAGUGUUGUGGCAUAUGUUAAUAUGUUAAUAUGAUUUGCUAGAGAAGCUUUUGAGAAGGUUAA